AUGUCCUUCCGCCAGCAGCUGCACAACCACGAGGAUGUGCAGUACUUCGCGGAUUUCAAGAUUGGUGGGCAAGACAUUGCUGCCAUUUUCGAUACGGGCUCAUUCGAGAUCGUGGUCCGAUCGUCAAGAUGCAAGAUGUGUGUCCACCCGACCACGCCGUAUUCUCACGAGCUCAGCAAGACGUACAAGGAGAACGGGACCAUGACUCAGCAUGUUUACGGUUCCGGGCCGUGUGUGACGAUGCUCGGGUACGACACAGUACAGGUGGGCCCGAAACUCAUCGCAGACCAGCAGCCUAUUUGGGAGAUCUUGCAGCAUGAGAUCCCGAUAUUGGACACGGCAAAGUUUGCUGCGAUUGUUGGGAUUGGCCCCAAAUUCGGGUACAACACUGCGCAGAAAACACUCUUGAUGAACUAUCAUGUUGACGAGUUCUCAAUUUGCCUGAACAAGGAGUCUGGCAGAAAUGGGUACCUGACCUGGGGUCCUGAUGCCGAUGCCGCGAUGGAGCCUCUUGAUGUCGCAACUGCUCGUGUGCUGGGCAAGCACCACUGGGCCACAAACCUGACGCAUGUCUCCUUCACCAAGGACGGAAAUUCCACCAAGAGCCAAGUGUGUCAAGAUGGUUGUGCCGCCAUUGUCGACAGCGGCACCUCACUCAUUGCGGCUCCGGCAGCGGCACUCAUGGAGCUGGGCCGGCAGAUUGGCAAGAUCGAAGAGGACUGCUCCAACCUACAUGAGCUGCCCAAUCUCAAAUUGAACUUGGACGGCCAUGAGCUGGAGCUUCCUCCGCAAGCCUAUGUGAUGAGGGUCGUGGGUGCCAGCGUGGAAGCCGACAGCAUUUGGGAUCUCCUGUUCUUCAAGCCGAAGAUUCGCAAGAUUGAUUCGUGCAUGCCAGCUUUCAUGGAGAUGGACAUGAAGACUCAGCUUGGUCCAGUCUGGAUUUUGGGCAUGCCCUUCUUCCGGUACUACCACACCACCUUUAACCGCGACAGGCAGGUCAUGCGCUUCGCGAAGGCCGGGGAAGACUGCCAGCCCAAAUCGCUGCGUGCCAGAGACGAUGGUGACAAACUGUUCUUCGCAGCUGCAGGGGCAAGUGAUGCAGCAUAUCGACCUCUCGAUGUGAAUCUGAAGUCGGUUCUGCCCCCGAGAUUUGCCCUGAGAUACGGUGCUGAUCAGAACAGCGACCUGGAGCUGUAG